AUGUGGCAACAAGCUAUGGAUCAGAUAUUGGAAGGAAUUCCCCAUGUGCAAUGUAUCCUUGAUGACAUGAUCAUAUCUUGUGAAACCGACCAAGAGCAUCUUGACAACCUAGAAGAAGUUCUCAGUCGACUUAGUAAACAUGGUCUCAGAGCCAACAGCAGUAAGUGCGAAUUCUUCAAAGAAAGAAUCGAGUUCUGUCGUCAUGAGAUCAGCAAGCUAGGUCUGCACAAGUCCCAACAGAAAGUGAAUGCUGUGAUAAAUGCACCACGUCCCGAAAAAGUUUCCCAAGUUCGUUCCUUUGUUGGUCUUAUUAAUUAUUACCACAAUUUCCUUCAAAACCUUUCUACCUUACUUCAACCACUAAACCAGUUGCUCGAAAAAGAGAGACGGUGGAAAUGGACCUCGGAAUGUGAGCAAGCUUUUCUAAAAGCAAAGGAGUUAAUUGCAUCCGAGGAAGUCCUUGCACAUUAUGACCCUCAACGCCCAAUCAAGUUAGAAUGCGAUGCAUCUCCGUAUGGGUUGGGGGCAGUUUUAACACAAGCCAUGGGUGAUAAUACUGAACGACCAAUAGCUUAUGCUUCAAGGUCCUUUACAAAAACUGAAAAACAUUUAUAUUUUGUUAACAAUGUUACGUGGGGAGAGAUGUGGUGUAUGACCCAUGAUGCUUUGGGGUCAUCACCACGAGGCAUGCAGUUGUUUUGA